AUUAUCCUAUAGGAUCCCACGGCUUCCAAAUUUCAGAAUUGUUUUUCUGGCCGAUGUACUAUCCGCUAGGAUCUUUAGCGUUCACCGCUUAUGGUCUUGUAUUUAUCCCGAUACAAGUCUGUUCGGCAGCCAUAGAUUUUUUCACGCUUGCCUGCGCUCGCUCGUGGCUGUCGCUCCGCUCAUCUAUGGCGGCUGCCGUCGAGCUCCCUUGCGCGCUGGUCGCCUCUCCCUGCCCCAGUCCGUCUCCAAGCUCCAGCCACGCCCCUGGUUCUAGCCAUGGCACUCCUUCAAGCUCGGUUCUUCUCUCUGCGCAGGAUCCUCUCCCAUGGCGAGCUGCUGGCGCUGUUCCCUGUGCGUCCGUCGCUCUGCCCUCUGCUCAGAUUCCAUCGGACCGCGCCCCUCUGCUCUGUUGCCGCGAGCAGCCGCGCCCAGCUCUACUCCUCUCUCCCUUGCCACGGAGCUCCUGUGUGCGCGCUGUUCCUGCUCGCCGAGCGGUUAUUUGCCCUGCGCACCGUGCUCCCUGCUCUCUCUGUGCGGCUCCCCAAGUCCGGUGCCCAGCUGUGCUCGCGAGUUUCUCCUCCGCGCGUCCUGCUUGCUCUCUGCCUGUUUCCAUGGCGUCCUGUUUUCUGCGCGCGUUUCUCGGCGCCCGACUUCCUCUGCUCGGACUGCGGCAUCCCUGCUCGGAGCUCCCUGAUGCCGAGCCCAUCUCCCAGUCCAUGGCCGCGCGCAGCUGCUUGUGCUUUGUGCGCGCGCCGUGCUUCUCUGCCGGUGCCCAAUCCUCCCUGCUCGUGCUGUCGUCGAAGCUUUUGGAUACGCGCGCCCAGCUGACCUUCCUGUGUCGCGCCCCGACUUUGCCCAACGCCCCGUUGAGCUCCUCUGUCGAGCGCCGUGGAGCCUGCGCGCUCGGUUCUGUCCAGUUCGCGUACUGCUCGCCUUUGCGUCGCGCGCGUAGGGUUCUGUUGUUCCUGCGCGUGCUGCCGCGAAGCUCCCUGUUCAGUUCGCCUUCGUCGCGUUUGUCGUCGAGUUGUUGAACCCGUCAUCUCCGGCUCGAUUCCCACCUCACCAGCUCGCUCCAGACUUCAAUUGAAGGUCGUCGUCGAUCCGUGCGUCAUCAAGAAAUUCCAAGAGUCAAGUGAAGACGGAGCCAGCAACGUGAUAUUCACUAAGUGCGCGACAAAAAGCUCGAGCCAGGAUUUAUCAGCAUUCGUACGAGAUUUGGGUCGCGUUUGAUGCUGGUACGUUUAUUGACCACGUGAUGCGGAGAACCAAAGCUGAGUCGACGCCAAGAUGACGUAACGGGUGGACUAAUUCGCAAGAUGAUUGCCAAGUGGACGACUUCUAACAACACUAACCUAGUGUUAUCCAGGCAAGCCCCGGUGCAUGCAACCCCUUCCUUGUGUUUUUAAAUAAUUUUUACACACUUUAAGUCUAGUGAAUGUGCAUUAGGUUUAUAGGAGUUGCUUGGAAACCCUUUGAUGCAUUGCCUACCUUGAUAUCCAUACCUAUAUAGAUACUUCUGGUGAAGUAUCAAAAUUAUGAUUUACAAAAAAAUGCUUAGCCCUGCUUAUAGGCAGAUAGAGUUUGUCCUUUGCACUUAUGCCUAGCUCAGGUUGAUCCUGAGGAAGGAUGACCUCUACCUGCACGGAUAUUUUUAUUGGGAGCAUGGUGGGAUCUUACUGUAAAGUUCCCUAUAAUGCUCUUUUCAUCCUAAGGAAUACAAACAAUCCUAAGGGUGGAAGUACUUAAAUCGGGACUUGGGCUAGGAACAGGUGAUGCUCCGCCCGGGUCAAUUAAGGAUUGGAUGCGUAUGUAGGCCUGAUAGAUCAAGGACUAUCUUAACUGGCCACAUGCCCUGGAAAUGGGACAGGGUAAGCUUGAACCCGGCUAUUCCAUACGUGAAAAGACAACCGCGCACUGGGCGUGGGAGAUGGUGGGAGUAGCGUGUGCCCUCCUGGCUAGAGGCUGGAUGGAGGAGUACUGUGCUCCCGGGUAGCGCGGACCGGUUCACGUUGUGGAGGAUCUGUGGGAACGGUUGACAUAUGCAAGGGUUAAGUGCUACAUAUGUCGUGUGGUUAGAGAUCCUCAGCUGAGUAAAUCGAUUCGGAUCGCCGUUAUAUCCCCGGAGAGUGGAGACUUGAUCACUGACCUGCAACCUAAGUCAGGAUGUGAACACUAUGGAUAAAAUGAUGUUGUAUAGAUGAGAUGAUGAAAUUAGACUAGAUGCAAACAGAGUCUAUUAAAUAUUUAAUCUGGCGUUAAAAUGUUGAAAGUAAGGACUCACUUUAGUAAGCUAUUUCUGCAAAAGUAUCUAAGUUGAAUCUUGCUAAAGCCUCUCCUUGAUUCCUAUUUAUCCAGCAUACCCUUGAGAGUCUUUUCCUUAGUCGGGUAAGACUUGCUGAGUAAUUCCAUACUCAGGGUUUUAUUCCCUGUUGUUUUUCAGGUUCUAACUUUGUGCUGCUUUUGAUGGUGUUAAGUGCCGGUGGGCUCGGCCUUCUUAUAUAAGUAUAACCUGUCUUUAUCUUCUUACUGAGGAUGGUCAUUUGAGCUAGCAUAUAUUUCAAACUUAUACUUUUGUAAUCACUCCGAUAAAAUAAUAUAAAAUUUUUGUAACUUGUAAAAUUUGGUAAUAAGAUUUCCGCUGCAAAAAUAUUGGUGUGUGUGAUUUGUGUUACUUAAUCUCGCGGUUCUGGUUGUAAGUGGUUUAUCCGGUGUCCUUGGGGCAAUCGGACGGAUCCUGUUAAGUUAUCUAGUGCACAUGCAUGGCCGUCUGAGGUCUUUGAGACAAGGACAGGUGCAUGUGGGCCCGAUAACUUGGAGGUUCUGCCACAGGGCCCGCAUGCCAGUGAGACAACAUUGAGGUUGGUGCCUAAAGCCAAGCACGGUGGUGGUGCUAUCACGCGGGGUCUACCUGUCGGUUGCUGGCACGCGCGGGCAGGAGGUGGGCUGGCUGAGGGAUCUAAGUGGGCUGCAUGGUGCAUUGGGGAAGUGGGUCCAAGGGGUUGUGGCCAAGGGGCAUGUAAAGCUUCUCCUUUUCUUUUCUUUUUUCGUUUUAUUUCUAUUUUCCUUAUUCAAACUUAACUCAAAUUCAUACUUAGUUUUAAGUUUCAAACUCGCAUUGAAUGCAACUGACAAAAACUCAGCAAGAGAUACAAUUUUUUUUAAAUUUUUCUUAUUACUUAUUUAAUUGAAUGCCUAUAAAUGUAAUAUAAAUGAAGGGAAUAUUCACUCGAUUAAAUAGGAAAUCCUUCUAUUGUUUAUUUUUCUAAGCUUCAAAAUUAUAUUCUAAAAUUUUAAAAUCUCAAAUUUAGGUUUGGGACAUCAAAAUCCAAUAUCACUUUUAUUUGUAUAUUUAUUUAGAAGGAUAUGCUUUGAUAAAGAUUCAUAUUCUAGAAUAAAUGCUAAAUAUUAUUUCUUGAAUAACGAAGGAACUUCCUAACAACUUAAAGACAUACUUUAGGGUUCACAAAUUCUACACCCUUAAAGCGAAUCUUGACCUCGAGAUUAGUACGGAGAUAAGAGACUCUAAUUUUGCUGUUCAUUUUCUUCUUGAGAGACUUCUUCAUUUUCUCCAAGCAUAUCUUCUAGGUCUUCUGGUUCUUCGGGGUCUGCCUCUACUUCUAUAUGGUUGACUUGGCCGCACGAGAAGUUUUUUUGCCCUUGAUUGACUGAUAAGGGAUGGCUUUUACCUCCUGAGGCUUGGCACUGCUUCGUCAGAGCUAGAGUAGUGUAGGCAACCUUGUUAGCGCAGUUGUUGGCAUAAUGUCUGACUUGACCAUAUUUAAAGCAUGCCCUAUAUGUUGAAGUGU